CGGACAUUUUGGAAACUGGAUCAAAUGCAAAAAAAAAAAAAAAAGGUUUAAAUGAUACUACAUGUGGAAAAGCGAAUUCAGUCUAAGUCGUAACUGACCAGAGAAGACUACAGAUUCAACUACGAAGAUGCUGCAAGAAGAGGGACUAUUUCAAUCUUUCUUUUGAAAAAUCAUGACUGAUUCACAUGGGUUAAGAGCUCAUAUUUGUCAGAGAUUCCUUUCCGGGUCCUGUUGUUUUCUUCCAUUUUUAGUUCAAGUUUGUUUGCUUAUAUGGACGGCAAAUUGUGGAAGAAAUAUAGUGAAACUGCCAAAACUGUCAGGCGGACCGUUAUACAAGAACGACUCUUGUCCUGUUUUGACACAGACACAGAACUGUCAAGGAAAUGGAAGACCUGACAAAGACUAUGAGAAUUGGAGGUGGAAACCUACUAAUUGUGAUCUUCCCCGGUUCGAUGCCCGGAAAUUCCUCGAUUUAAUGAAGGGGAAAACAUUAGCUUUUGUUGGAGACUCAAUCGCCCGGAAUCAAAUGGAGUCCUUGCUCUGCAUCCUUUGGCAGGUUGAGGUUCCAACAAAUCGGGGGAACAAAAAAAUGCAACGAUUUGAAUUUGCAUCAACUUCUACAACGAUCAUUCGGAUAUGGUCAGCUUGGCUUGCAAAUAAAACAACAGACAGAUUUGACUUAGCUCCAGAUGGUUUAGAUAAGGUCCACCUUGAUGUUCCUGAUGAAAGUUUCAUGGAACUCAUUCCGCAAUUCGAGGUAUUAGUCCUCUCCUCAGGUCACUGGUUUGCUAAGAAAUCUGCUUACAUAUUGAACAAUGAAGUAGUUGGAGGCCAAUUAUGGUGGCCAGCAAGGUCCAGCAAGAUGAAACUCAACAACAUUGAAGCUUUCGGUAUAUCAUUCGAAAGGGUUCUCUCCGCCAUUGUUAGGCAUCCGAAUUACGCCGGCCUAACCAUCGUCCGUUCUUUCUCACCGGAUCAUUAUGAAGGAGGAGCGUGGAACACGGGUGGAUCAUGCACCGGUAAAACACAGCCAACGGGUGAAAUAGUUGAAAAUAAAUGGACAACCAAAAUGCACAAUCAGCAGGUCAGAGGUUUCAACAGCGCAAUCAAGAAGGUUACCAACAAAUCUAGGCUGAAACUGAUGGACAUUACGGAAGCUUUUGGUUAUCGCGAUGACGGGCAUCCGGGUCCUUACAGGAACACUGACCCGAAUAAGAUCACGAAAAGAGGACCAGACGGGAAGCCUCCUCCUCAGGAUUGCUUGCAUUGGUGCAUGCCGGGUCCGGUUGAUACCUGGAAUGAAAUGUUAUUUGAAGUCAUCAGAAGAGAAUUCAAAGUUGAGUUGACCACAGGAAAUGUAACUACGUUCGAUGAAUUGGGUCACUUUGUCGCGUUUGAUGAGGGUGGCAACUGGCAAGACUGA